UGGUAACCCAUAUGACUGCCUUUGUUGUAGCGUGUGCUGCGGCAUAUCCCUAUGCUGCGGUUUGUUUGAAAAGAGUAAAAACGGUUUGACAUGGGCCAAAGUUCUCUAGACUCAAGCUCAAUGACCACAACGCACCAUGCACCAUUGAACAAUACUAUCCGCAGCAACGUACUUUAUUCACUCAGGGCAAAUGGAACAUCAAAUACCAUGAAUGACGACGUCAAUCGCAAAGACUCGUUCGGGAUCUCAACUUUGCACCGUGCUGUUGCAAACAACAAUCUUGACUUAGUCAAGCAAUUGCUAGGACAUCCCAAGCUCGAUGUAAAUGAUAAAGAUCUUGAAUCAGGAUGGACAGCACUGCAUAGGGCUCUCUAUCUCGGACAUCUGAGAAUUGCUCUCUUACUGAUUCAACACAAGAACAUUAAUAUGACUAUAGAGGACAAAGAUAGGAACACAGCUAUAGACUUAUGUCAGGCAACUCUACCUGUGUCUCUUAAAGUUGGGCCUUGUCCAGGAGAUGCUCUAUAUACUUGGGGAUCGAAUUCCAAUUUUACACUCGGACAUAAUGAUGGUGACGACAGAAAGCAGCCAGAGCUCGUCAAAUUCCCCUACCAAACAAAUACUAUAACGUUCCCCCGAGUGAAGUCUGCUAAGCCUAUUCUAUACCAAAUGUCGAUGAGUAAAUUCCAUACAGCGAUCGCAACCUCCGAGCCAGGUUUCACGGCUAAAAUAUGGGGAUUUGGUACCAAUGGAAGACUUGGGUCUGACAGAAAAAUGCAGCUCAGUCCGGCGCCAGUUUCAGGGAUCCCUGGAAAUGUCGUUUCCACAGCUCUGGGUAGAGACCAUACAAUUUUCGUCACAGCCAAAGGAGAAGUCUAUACAUUAGGGAGCAACAAGUAUGGACAGCUUGGCUAUGCACUUGAAGCUCCGAAAAACGGUCAGGAUCCCAUUCAGUAUUCACCCAAACGUGUCGUCCUCACUAUUACCAGGCUUAAAAUAGUUGGCGCCGCUGCAUCGAGAUGGCAUUCUGCUGUGCACACAGACUCUGAGCUAUUUACUUUCGGAUUUAACUUUGGUCAGCUUGGAUAUGAAAGAAAAGGCGAUAUUCAAUUAGGCCCACGAAAAGUGGCCUCUAUUCCACCAGGAAAUAUUAUCCAGGUGGUAGCAUCGGAUUCAGCAACGGCCUGCCUUAUGUCUUCGAAUGAAGUUGUCGUUUUCCACAAGUAUGCAUACCAUAAAGUGGCCUUCUCGCUCAAUCCAUUUCCUGAUUGGUUUACAAGCCAAGUCAUGUAUUCAAUGUCGACCAAUAACCACCCUCAAAAAAUCGCAUGUUCCGAAAAUAAGUUUGGAAUGAUGACAGUAUGGGGGGAUAUCCACGUUUGGAGCUAUCCUGAGGUCGAUCCAGGAAUCACCUUAGGAUCUCUACCUCCGAAUCAGUUUGCUUCAUCUAUCGCUCAGCCAGAAAAGCCAAGAAGAGUUUGGACUUGUGGCGGCGAACGAACCCAUGCUAUAGAUUUUGCCCUGGGUCAAAAUGGCUCAGUGAUCAUGCUCACAAAAGGGGGACAUGUGUACAUUGGUACCAAUAAGGGAAGCUCUUUAGGGCGGAAUGUUAAGUGGCAAAGGAUACCUCAUCUCGACCGUGUGGUCCGAGUUUACGCAAAUCCUAGCGGCGCUUGGGCUGCAUUACGGUCCGAGUCAGCGCUGACUCCAGUCAUAAUUCGACCAGGACGCCUUGAUUCUGACCUGGAGCAAUCACUUUCACAAUUCCAUUUGUAUAACAACAACGAAAAGAACUGUGGAACAAGUACUGAGCCUAUAGUGUAUGAUGAUGAUGAUGGUGACGAAGCUAGUGAAGCAGAAGCAAAUCCAUGGAAAAUCGACAGCCGCGGCUGGCUAGAUAUUGAGAGGAGCUGGGAUUAUGAUGUUGUGCCUCUUUUGGACUCAACUGCAGAAUCAUGCAACAUUGGCGGUACAACUGUCUCAGGGAGUCAUUUAUUUGAUGUGGAGCUAGAGGCAGGAAAGCGGACCUUGGGAGCCCAUAGAAUUGUUUUGGCAGCUAGGAGUCCAGCUCUUUGUCGAGUGUUCGUUGAAACCCCUCGUAUUGCGACAACAAUUGGAUCUCUCGUGUCAAUAGAACCCACUAAAAUCGACUAUAAUCAAAGAAUCCUAUACACAAUCAUGCUCAAAGUCGAAUUCGCUACAGCCGUACUUCUUCUUCAGUUUUUGUAUAGCGACCGAUUUGAUCCAUUCUGGGAUGCUCUCGACUUGCCAAAAUCUAUCAAGCAAUAUGCGCUCAAAGUACGGCAAGAGCUGUACCAUCUCGCCUUGGAGCUCUCCUUACCUACUCUUCAAGCUGCUCUUCAAUAUUCAUUUACGCACACCUGCAGUCCUAGUCUCUCAAAAAAUAUGGCGCAGGUCAUUUUGAAUCCGAUCAAAUAUCAAGGAUUAGCGGAUGUGAGACUACUGCUAAAACAUGGAGAAUCAAUGGACUUACAUCAGAUGAUACUUGGCCACCGAUCGCCAUUUUUCAAUGCUAUGUUUGUUAGAACAAACGAAUGGAUUCGUGCGAGGCAAGGCCCUAGGCGGCUGCCAGAAGGCAGCUCAACACAAAACGAUCAACUUCUUGAAGUGAAUAUGACCCACAUGGGUUUGGAAGCCAUGACAAUUGUUGUCAAUUAUAUCUAUACGGAUUGCGGCCCGGAGUUAUUUGAUAACACUGAAAAAGACGAUAUUAGUGAGUUACUCCAGCUGGUAAUCGACGUUCUUCAAAUUGCGGACGAGCUACUUAUGGAUCGUCUUAAGGAGAUCUGUGAGAACGUACUCGGCGAACAAGUUCGUGCAAAGACUGUAGUCGCCUUUUUGGAAAUCGCGUUAAUGUAUUCAGCUGAGUCGCUACAAACGACAUGCCUAAACUAUUUAUGCCAUAACAUUGAAAUGGUUCUCGAUCAGAGAUGGUUGGAGGACGUUGAUGGCGAUGUUUUGGAGCUUGUGGAAAAAACUCUCAAAGGAAAGCAAGAUUCUUUUAUGCCAUUCAUCCGAUCUGGAGGCCAUUUACCAGACCCAGAAAAAGUAGAGAGAGUUCGCCAGCAAGUCAAAUUAGACGGCUAUAACCAUUUCUUACCGCGAGGUACAUACAAACCGGAUGUACAUCAUUCUCGGCAAAACCACGACAGAGAAUCAGAACAGGCUCGUAUAGCAUCACAGGUUGUGGCACAUGAAUUUGCUGCACUGCUUCCGUCACAAUCAACACCAAUUCCGUCACAAAUCCGUUCCACAACAUCCUCACAAGUUCUGGAAGAUCUUCACACUCGGAAUAUGGCUCAAAGACAGCAACAGCCAUAUGCAUUGCCAUAUGGUGGAGGCGUCACAGGGUGGCCGACCUUAACGGAUAGUGCCACACUGGACCUGAAAGAUAUUCCACAAUUAGCCAGAAGAAAAACCAACUGGGAUCACGUACCCACUAUGGAAGGCACGAGGCUAUCUGAAGAUGGCACUGAAACUGUCUUAUCAGAGGGACUAUCCGUUAAGCCAUCUUUCCGAGAAAUUCAAGAUCAAGAACAACGCCAGGGGCAAAAUAGCUCGAUCAGGGUAAUUUCCGCAUCCAGUCCAGUAGCCAAUCCCAAAGCUAGUAAAAUGUCGCAAAAGGAGCGAAGAAAACUAUUGCAGCAACAGCAGCCAUUGCCUGUGUUAGAGCAGCCCCAGUCUUCUCAAACAGCUUCCAUAACGCCUGUUUGGGGUAAAGUAGCGUCGACAAAUGUGACAGAUUCAGUAGUUGGUGGAGCUGGUGGAUCAAGUAUGGUACAGCGACAUGGCAUAUCCAAUGGACCCAAUAGCGGCCUAAUAACCAAUACUCCAAGCCUAUUAGACAUUCAACAAAACGAGCUCUCUAUUUUCCGAGCCCAGUCCAAAGAGAUUCCUCGAGUAGCUGUUGCCACAUCUAAACCUCUCAAGGAAACAAUGUGAGUAUUGUAUCCACUAUAUUAUUA